UUGCCAUGGUCAUGGCGGUGGUGGUGGGAACCUGGGCCUUCUCCCUGGCGGCGGUGGACAAGGCCCGGCGGCUGUUGGCGGUGGGCAGCGGGGCUUCGGCCGCUCUACAGGAGGCGAUGUCAGAACUAGAAAAUGACAAAGAGACUGGCUGCUUUGUGGUCGGCCGUGGGGGCUUCCCAAACAAAGCUGGAGUUGUUCAGUGUGAUGCUGCAAUCAUGGAAGGGCUGCCGGGGCGUUUUGGAGCAGUCGCAGCCCUGCCUGGUGUUGGUACCCCACUGACAGUGGCUCAAAUGGUGAUGGAUAAGAGCGAACAUAACAUGCUUGUUGGAGAAGGAGCAGUUGCCUUUGCCAGAGAACAGGGAUUCCGUAUUGAAGAUAACAGUGACAUGAUGACUGAGGCAAGCUUGGCUGCCUAUGAGGAAUUUUUGCAGAGUCGCAAGAGCCCUCCCAAAAACCAUGACACUUUAGGUUUGAUUGUCUUGGAUGAGAUGGAGAAUAUAACUGUAGGUGUAUCAACAUCUGGAGCUCCAUUCAAAGACCCUGGGCGUGUUGGUGAUUCACCUUUGCCUGGAUGUGGUCUAUAUGCAGACAAUCGGGCAAGAGCUGCUGCAGGAGCCACUGGUGAUGGAGAUAAAAUCAUGUGUUUCUGCCCAAGUUUCCAUGUUGUUCAACUGAUGAAGCAGGGCCUUUCUCCUGGAGAUGCUUGUCAGUCUGUGAUUCAGGACAUUUGUCACAGAGUAGGGAACAAAGACAUCUUUGAAAUUGGGCUCAUUGCAUUGAAUAUGAAGGGUGAAGUUGGAGCUGCUUCAACUGUCCCUUUUCCAUAUACAUUCUGGGCUCAUGGGAUGGAAACAGUGGAACAGAGACACAGCUGCCCUUAUGUACACUUAGAUUAACGACCAUCAGUGCAGUUGCUAAAAAGCUUUCUUCCAAACGCUUGAUAUAUUCCGGUGUUUUUCACAUUACUGCUCCACCUUGUCAGGUUUGAGGUGGGUUCAGCGACAAGCUGUUGGAACUCUCUGGUCAAGUUGAAGGUGCAACUGCCGGACUUGGGGACACGCAGAAAUCUGCUCAUUUUUCACUUCUGGAUCUUUUUUAAAAAAAAAUCUGAUUGCUGGUGGGCAAAGCUUCCCAAAGGAUAUGAUAGCAGGCUUUUGUCUUCAACCUGCUCGGUCCUCCUUUAAUUUACUGAUGAAAUCCAAGACUUUUUCCGUCCCUGUUGGUCUUUUAACUGUAUUAACAACCAGUCUGCCCUGGCUGCUGCAGUGCCUCAAGUGAGAGCCCUGUUCUGAAUCAGAAGAAUGUAAGAAGAUGAGGUACUUCAUAGACCCUACAAUUCCCUGACCUGCUCCGCUAUUCCAUAAGAGUGUUUGAUCUUCUCCUUCAAAGUGACUUUCUUGCCCUUAAUUAUAUUUUCCUUGGUUUCCUUUGUCUCCAAACAUGUUGAUCUCUGGCUUGAAUAUAGCAAUCAACUGAAUUCCUACCACUGUCAAUGCUACAGUAUUCCAAAGGUUCUCAAUUCUCAGUGAAGAAAUUUCACAUCUCUCCAAAAUGAUGGUCCUGGUGAGACUUUGUCAGGUUAGAGAUCUCCAAACCUGGUAAAAUACUCUCCCCUUCAGGUCUUCAUAGCUUUCCACCAUCCUGCAUUGCACUCACCAACUCCAGCUUUGUUUAUGAAUGAAUCAAAACAGUGUGAUGAGAGAUGCUUGGUAUAUUCAGUUUCAGGUCUCUUCCUGUCGUGUCUUGUGAUUACCUGGUAACCUUGAGGAAAGAGUGGGAUGGCUCUGGUUGAGAGUGGAGACUCACUGACAUGGUGAUUCACUUCAUGCACUCAAAUGAUGGACUGAGUAACUGAAAUUUCAUGUGGUAGGAAAGCUGUGACAAGGGAGUAUUAAUUCACAUUGUCACUAAGAUAACGCACAUUAUUUAUUUUAUAAAGUUGUGUUAUUGAAAGUAUAAGUUUACAAUGUUGUGUCUGGAUGAAUUGAGACACACACACACACACACACACACACACACACACACACACAAUUGGCUGGAUAUAUUGAUGUCAGUAUGAGCUUCAACAGCAUCUUUUUUUUCAGCAAUGUUCAAGUCUGUACUACCAAGCAAUUACUUACAUUUUAGGCUUUCCAAAGAAUACUUUUUAACGCUACAGCAGCCAAACCAUUAUAUUGGUGGAGAGCACAAGUUGUGUAAUGGAGUCAUUCAGUCAACAAAACAUUCGGAGGUGACUGAAUCAAAGAGAAAUAGCCACGGGGCAAUAGCCUUGCCCCCUCUUUUUCUGUAUUUUCUGAAAGACCUUCUAUGAAGUCAGAGUUACAUAGCACAGAAAUAGACAGUUUGACCCAACUCCUCCAUGUCAACCAGCCAUCCCAAUCUGACCUAGUCCCAUUUGCUAGGAUUUGGUCUGUAUCCCUCUUAAACCCUUCCUAUUCAUAUACCCAUCCAGAUGCCAUUUAAAUGUUGUCAUUGUACCAGCCUCCACCACUUCUUCUGGCAGCUCAUUCCAUACACACAUCACCCUCUGUGUGAAGCUUGCCCUUAAGGUCCCUUUUAAAUCUUUUCCCCUCUCACCUUUGACCUAUGCCCUCUAGUUCUGGACUGUCCAAAUCUCAGAAAAAGACUUUGUCCCUCGUGAUUUUAUAAUCCUCUAUCAGCCUCUGACUCUCCAGGGAAACAAGUCCCACCCUAUUUAGCCUUGCACAUCUUCUCUGCAUUCUCUCAAGUUUAAGCAUAUCUUUCGUAUCGAAGGGAGACCAGAAUUGUACUCCGUAUUCCAAAAGUGGCCUGGACAGCUGCAACAUGACCUCCCAAUUCAUAUACACAGUGCACUGACCAAUAAAGGUAAGUGUGCCAAACUUGAUCUUCAACACCCUGUCCACGACAGAUUCCACUUUGAAGGAAUUUUGUACCCGCCAAACCCCAGGUCUCUUUGUUCAGCAACACUCUCCAGGAUCUAGCCAUUAACUAUAGAAGUCCUAUAUGGGUUGCCUUACCAAAAUACAACACUUGUCUUUAGAUAAAGUAAACACUAUCUGCUACUCUUUGACCCUUUGGCCUAUCUGAUCAAAGUUCUGUUGUGCUCUUAAGUGGCACAGUGGUUAGCACUGCUGCCUCACAGCGCCAGGGACCUGGGUUCACUUCCCGCUUCGGGCGGCUGUCUCUGUGUGUGGAGUUUGCACGUUCUCCCUGUGUCGGCGUGGGUUUCCUCCGGGUGCUCCGGUUUCCUCCCAUGGUCCAAAGAUGUGCAGGUUAGGUGAAUUGGCAAUGCUAAAUUGCCCAUAACGUUAGGUGGAUA